UAUUCCACUUGUAGUAAUCACUCACACAUACACAUGAUGGGAGGUUACGUUGGAAACCAGACACUAGCGAGAUGAGAUGAUGAGCCCUAUAUAAAUAGCUCCAUUUCUCCAAUCUCCCCAACUCUCUCUCUCUCUCUCUCUCUCUCUCUCUCUGUAACAGGGUUCCUCUGUUCUGUUCUCUACCAAGUUUCUCAGAAAUGUCGAUCAUAGCGCGCAGAGGCAUCCAUUACAUGCAUAAGCUGAAUGCACCAAAUGUAUCUUCUGCUAUGCUAGAGAAAGGCCAAAACCGUGUGAUUGAUGCUUCGCUUACUCUUAUAAGAGAAAGGGCAAAGCUUAAGGGUGAACUCGUGCGUGCUUUGGGAGGUGCUGCGGCUACUUCAUCUCUUCUGGGAGUUCCAUUGGGACAUAAUUCUUCAUUCCUUCAAGGGCCUGCAUUUGCACCUCCUCGCAUUAGGGAGGCCAUUUGGUGUGGUAGCACAAACUCAACAACUGAAGAAGGCAAAGAUUUACAUGAUGCACGGGUGCUAACUGAUGUUGGUGAUGUCCCUAUCCAAGAAAUUCGAGAUUGUGGGGUAGAUGAUCACAGAUUGAUGAAUGUCAUUGGUGAAGCUGUCAAGAUUGUGAUGGAGGAGGAUCCACUGCGUCCCUUAGUUUUAGGUGGUGACCACUCAAUAUCAUUUCCAGUUAUUAGAGCUGUCUCUGAGAAGCUUGGAGGACCAGUUGAUGUUCUUCAUCUCGAUGCACAUCCAGAUAACUAUGAUGCCUUCGAAGGAAACAUUUAUUCACAUGCUUCUUCUUUUGCUCGAGUCAUGGAGGGUGACUAUGUUCGGCGACUCUUGCAGGUUGGUAUUAGAUCAAUAACAACUGAAGGGCGUGAACAAGCCAAAAAAUUCGGGGUAGAGCAAUAUGAAAUGCGCACAUUUUCAAGAGAUCGUCACUUUUUAGAGAACCUGAAACUAGGGGAAGGUGUUAAAGGUGUGUAUAUCUCCAUAGAUGUGGAUUGCCUUGAUCCUGCCUUUGCUCCUGGAGUGUCUCACAUAGAACCUGGAGGUCUUUCUUUCCGUGAUGUUCUCAACAUCCUGCACAAUCUUCAAGGCGAUGUUGUUGCCGGAGACGUCGUUGAAUUCAACCCACAGCGUGAUACUGUUGAUGGAAUGACUGCCAUGGUGGCUGCUAAGCUGGUGAGAGAAAUGACUGCAAAGAUUUCCAAAUGAUACAUGUCCUGCCUCCGGAUAUUUAUUUUCAUGCACCCCCCAUUCCCUAUUUAGACCUGGAAGGAUAGCUUUUGACUUUUAUUAGGUUUUACUUGAAACAUUCAUAAAAUAGUUUGGUUAUGUUUGGUUUUCGGUUAGAAACCCUAGAAGAAAUUCUAGCACAAUAAGCUCCAUUCUGGAUGAAAAUAAAAUAGUUUGGUUA